AUGUGCAUGGCCAGUAUCUGGCUCAUACGGCGCCGGAUCGAGAGUCCUGUAAGUAAGCUGCUCAUUGCAACAACAAGCACAAGGGCUAUAUCGCCACCCCCAAGCGGUCCGAAACAGCACCUCGGAUCCUAUUACCAAGUAUUCUAUGUGCUCGUAGCGACGGCUGUGUUUGCUCGAAAGCUUGACUGGAUCAAGAGUGCUGCCUUGUCGACUGCAUUGCCUCUCUCAGCUUCAGCUGCAGUUCACGGCAUCGUCUUGGCAGCUGUACAUCGUGACAAGGCUGUCGACAUGGACAUAUACGGUGCCUUUCAGAUGUGUGCCAUUGGCACCCUAGUUGUUCCAUUGAUGAUCAAGCUCUCCAGGUCGCAUGAGUAUUCCACUUACAUUGGUCGCCGUAUAAUGUUUAUGUGGGCAGGCCUGGUUCUCACUGGACUUGUUUGUCUGGCCAUUGAAUUCUUCCGAGCCCAAACAUUUGCCUGCCAUGAGAAUGGCCAAGGCAGCCCCAUCUCUAGCAAUCCCAGAAAAUUCCCUUACGGCGAGAACACAACGUGCGAGCUGGUUUGCUCCGAAAUUGAUGGGCCGUUGUCACCCAUUCGAAUCGGGUCAGCAAACAACAUUUACGUGAUUCCUGCUCCUAGAACGCUCACAUUUGGCGCGGCGACACUCGUAGCGGCCGGGUGUUGCAUCCACACAAUCAUCUGGAUGGUGGUUAUGACGGAACGUUUUGGCAUCAGGGCCAAGAGUUAUGAGAUCAAUAAGCCAAUCUCGGGCUCCAACGACACGACCAAAGGUACCAUGAACGAAACCAAUCUCAUGGUCCACCUUUUCCUUUACGCAGCGGCGGUCCCCGUGUCUGGGUGUGCUGCUGUGGCUAUCAUCGUUGUCGGCGAGAUCAAUUUUUUCAGUAGCCCAGUCAGCUACCAAGCCGAGCCUCUAGCGAGCAUUGGUCAAUGGUCAACUCUUGUUGGGACUGGUUUGGCCGCUCUCGGAUCGCUUUACAUUCUCCUGGCCAGAGAUGGGGAUGUUGCCAGUCAAGAGCCUCAACCCGAUACCAAUCAUGAUGGUAUAGGCUGUCAACACUGUUGUGAACAUGGCAGCUCUCACGGGUCUUUUGCAACAAAUGCUUCCUCCCGUGACGGAGAUGAAGCAUCCCAGACUGGUAUACAUAUGGGAGCUAUGAGCGGAGGAAGAGGUUCACCACCGCUGUUGGAAAGCAACGGCAGCAGCAACAAUGGCAAUGAGCCAGAUUCCUCUGCUGCACGGAUUACAAAGGCAUCUGCUGUCUCACCUCUCGAGGCCUCGUGA